CAACAAGGCCGAGCACACCACCAUCAGCUGCUACUCAUCAAAGAAGAAAGAAAGCAUCUUGCGUAGGGUCCAGCCGAGCUCCGGGCGCGUGCGGAGCCAUGGAGAAGAUGGAGAAUGUGAGUGCGGCGGCGGUGCCUCUGAAGCUGUUCGGGUCGUGGGCGAGCUCGUACACGCACCGCGUGCAGCUGGCCCUGCGGCUCAAGGGGCUAGAGUUCGAGUACGCGGAGGAAGACCUGGGGAACAAGAGCGACGCGCUGCUGCGCCACAACCCCGUCUACAAGAAGGUUCCCGUGCUCGUCCACGGCGACCGCGCGCUCCCCGAGUCCGUCAUCAUCCUCCAGUACCUCGACGACGCCUGGCCGGAGAGCCGCCCGCUCCUCCCCGCCAGCGCCUUAGACCGCGCGCUCGCGCGCUUCUGGUGUCACUUCGCCGACGAUAAGCUUGGGCCGGCCGUGGGGGCUGUGUUCGCGUCGACCGGAGAGGAGCAGGAGGCGGCGGUGCGGCAGGUGCACGAGAACCUUGCGCUGAUCGAGGCGGAGCUCCGUGACGGGGCGUUCAAGGGUCGCCGCUUCUUCGGCGGCGACGAGGUGGGCCUCCUUGACGUCGUGCUGGGGUGCGGCUCCUACUGGCUGGCCGUGUUCGAGGAGGUCACGGGCGUGCGCCUCGUGGACGCGGACGCGUUCCCGCUCUUCCACGCCUGGCUACGCGACUUCGAGGCCCUGGACGAGGUCAGGGAUACCAUCCCCGCCGUCGACCGCCUGCUCGAGUACGCGCGCGGUGUCCGCCACAUGCUGCUCGGCCUCGCCAGCGCCGGCGCCGACGCCGCAGCCUCCGCCACCCCCGCUGCCGCCGCGGCUGACAUCGCCGUAGACAUAUGAUCGCAAGACGAACGUUUGCCAGUGCCGGCCAGUCAGUUGCUAGCAGUUUGCCGUGUCGUGUCGAUGGUGCCAUGUGGUGAGCCAGCCUGAAAUGCGUUUCAAGUGCUACUACAGUUAUUGGCGCAAUCUGUGUGUCAGUUUUUUUCCCUUCUCGUUAAUCUCUGUUUGCUGUGCCAUACUCUUGUGGCUGGGAAUCCUAUGUGUUUGUUUUAAUUAGCAGUCCAGCUUGCUUGUUUAGGUUUUUGUUAGCCAUGUGAUGGGCACCUGGUAAUUUCUUCUUGUAAGAUCUUAUUUGGAGAAUUUUAGCUUCC